GAUUUGCGAAAUAUUUGAAAUGGCGAAAGUAACCUCCCAAAGGGUUUACAUUUGUAACCGGAUAAAAUAAACCACACUGGCCCAUGGAUUCAAAAUGAAAAUCGCACGGAAUUUGAUAAGAAGAACAAAACAAUUGAAAUUGAGGCAACAGCACUUCCGAUUCAAUUCAAUUCAAUCGUUGGACUGAAGCAGAGGCAGCUGAAAUCCUCCUUCACCUAAUUCCAAUUUCAAUUUCCGAAAAAGCCCCUUUCUUGAAGAUGCCCAAUUCCUCCUCCACCUAGCCAGCCGCCACCAACCCCAUCGAUCUCCGCCGAAGAUGAUCGUCCGCACCUACGGCCGGCGCAAGGGCUCCAUUUCGGGAACGUGCUCCUCGCUAAACGACGACGUUUCGCUCUCGCAGGACGACUCCGACCCUCUCUGCGGCUUCGCCUUCUCCUCCUCGCAGGACUCCUCCUCGCACCAUUGGCCGCUCUUCGAUUCCGAGAUCCCCGAUUUCGGCGCCGCCGCCGGAGGGAGGGAGUCCAAGCGGCCGAGGCGCGCCGCGCCGGAGGGGAUUACGGCCACCUCGACGCUCAUGGAGGCGCAGGAGUUCGGGGAGAUGAUGGAGCACGUCGACGAGGUCAAUUUCGCCCUCGACGGCCUCCGCAGGGGCCAGCCUCUGCGGAUCAGAAGGGCUAGCUUGCUCUCCCUCUUGUCCAUCUGCGCCACCAUGCAGCAGAGAAGGCUUCUCAGGACUCAAGGGCUGGCAAAGACAAUAAUUGAUGCUGUUUUGGGCCUCAGUCUUGAUGAUUCUCCCAGCAAUCUUGCAGCUGCAACCCUUUUUUACAUUUUGACCAGUGAUGGCCAAGAUGAUCACCUCCUUGAAUCACCUAGUUGUGUUCAAUUUCUAAUCAAGUUGUUAAGACCAAUUGUCUCCACAACUAUUAAAGACAAAGCACCAAAAUUUGGCUCUAAACUUCUAUCAUUGCGUCAGAAUGAUGACGUGCUAAAAAAUAUGACGGGAAGAUUGGACUCCAGCUCUAUGGAAGUUUGUUCUAAAGUUCAAGAAAUUCUAGUAAAUUGCAAAGAGCUAAAAACAUGUCAGAAUGACAGUAGGGUGGAGAGACCAGAGUUAUGCCCAAAAUGGUUAGCAUUGUUGACUAUGGAGAAGGCUUGUCUGUCUGCCAUUUCUCUUGAUGAAACCUCUGGUGCUGUACGUAAGACAGGUGGAAAUUUCAAGGAAAAAUUAAGGGAGCAUGGAGGACUUGAUGCAGUCUUUGAAGUCACCAUGAAUUGUCAUUCAGAUUUGGAGAAUUGGAUUAGCAAUGGUUCUCUCUCUACCAAAGAUUCAAGACAUGACAAACAAAUGAAGAGCCUAACCUUGCUUCUCAAGUGCUUGAAGAUAAUGGAAAAUGCUACUUUCCUAAGCAACGACAAUCAGACUCAUUUGCUUGGAAUGAAACGAAAAUUGAGUUCUCAGGGCCCCCCAAUAUCAUUUACAGAGCUGAUUAUAGCUAUCAUAAAGAUCCUUUCAGAUCUAUGUUUACGUCGGAGUGCCUCUGCUGCAUCCAAUGAUAGCAAGAUUUGCGAUCCCUUCUCUAUGGUCAGUCAUGAUUCUGAAUUGGAUCAGCUCAGAGACUAUAAAGAGAAUGAGACUCUAUCCAUCAGUUCCAGUAGAAAGUACCAUGGUGCAGAGAGAGCCUCUUCUAUUAAGAGUUCUAAUGCUUCUCAGAUCAGCCGAAUAUUGACAUGUAAUCGGUUGGAAAGUUCGCUAUCCAUUUCUGAGACACCCAGCACUUCAACUACUGAUACUCAUUCACUAAAGAUGAGGGUCAGUUCUUCCACAUCUGGGUCUUGUAGUGGUGCAUCAAAGAGUUCAUAUUGUAAAACAUCCACGAUACAAAAUAGUUCCAGGAAGAAUGUUCGCUUUAUGGAAGGUACCCCAGUUGUAAUCUUGGAUGAUAGCCAAGAUCCCUUUGCAUUUGACGAGGAUGACAUUGCACCCUCUAAGUGGGACCUAUUAUCAGGAAAAAAGAAAAAGUCUCAUUCUAAAAAGCAUGAGGUAGCAAUCAGUGAGUUUGAAAAUGAAUGUCAAUCUCACAUCAAUGUGAUCCAACAAGAAUUAAGUAAUGGAGACGUCAAUUGUUCCAGUUCUGAUGUUGGUGAUGAAAAAGAUUCCAGCCUUCUAACUGACUGCCUUCUUACUGCUGUAAAGGUGCUGAUGAAUUUGACCAAUGACAACCCUGUUGGUUGUAAGCAAAUUGCAACCUAUGGAGGACUGGAGACCAUGUCUAUGUUAAUUGCUGGUCAUUUCCCUGCUUUCAGCUCAUCGUUGUCCUUUGCUCAGAUAAAAGAAAAUGCUGCAGGAACUACAAAAAAUCAUCAAUCUGAUAAGCAUCUGACUGAUCAUGAGUUAGAUUUCCUUGUUGCUAUUUUGGGUCUGCUCGUCAACCUGGUUGAGAAGGAUGGUCAUAACAGAUCACGGCUUGCAGCAGCCAGUGUUCUGCUACCUUCCUCAUCAGGCUUGCACCAGGAGGUUCGGAAGGAUGUUAUUCAAUUGUUAUGCUCCAUAUUCUUGGCUAACCUGGGUGAAAGUGAAGGAGCUGGGGAAGAUAAGCAGUUUGUACUGAAUGAUGAGGCAGCUGUUCUACAAGGUGAAAAAGAAGCUGAGAAAAUGAUUGUGGAAGCGUAUUCUGCACUGCUUCUAGCAUUUCUUUCCACUGAAAGUAAGAGCAUCCGUGCAGCAAUUGCUGACAAUCUUCCUGACCAGAACUUAGCAAGUCUUGUACCUGUGUUGGACAGAUUUGUGGAAUUUCAUCUAUCAUUGAACAUGAUUUCGCCUGAGACUCAUAAAGCUGUUAGUGAGGUCAUUGAAUCAUGUAGAAUUCGAUGAUAGCUCAAAGGGAAAACUCUGUACAGCCACAGCUUAAUUUAGGGUUUGUUAUUCUGGAGGAAAUGGGGACUGCAUUACGCCGAGUCUGAUCAACUUUUAUUCUCUGCUCACAGCGCUUUAUACCCUUAUUUUUAUUUUUAUAUCACCAUGCUGGUGAUGAUGUUGAGUUGCAUGUAUACAAAAAUCAGUAGUGAGAUUCGUAUCUAGCAUAGUUUGUGUGUAAACAAUAGUGGUAAUUUUUUUCAAUAUUCUUGUUUAUUCAUUCAUUUUCUUGUAUCGGAAGCUUAUAUCUUUUGUUUCAGGCCCCCACGUCCAUUGUUUC